UCCAGUAGUCACCGCAGAAAAUCCAAUAUGGUGUCCGUCGUUCAGCGGUUUACUUCGGAUGUCCGUAUUUCGGAAUAGAAUUGUUGUCCGGCGACCGCGUGGUUAGCAAUAAUUAUGAAAAUUCGAUUGAAGGCGCCACGCCGCACGUGAAAACUCUCAUGCCACUGCAUCUCUCGCACGAUCGACAGCCGUGAAGGGAUCCGAGUGCCUCGAGGACGAGUGCGCCCCCGAGAGCACCCGCGUUUGUUCUCUUCCUCGGCGCGCGGAAGGAGAAUUUCGAAGAAGAUAAAAGAAGUGGCGAAAAAUUGAAGAAAAAAGGGAAAGAAAAUGGACACCGACAAGAUGGAGGGUGGCGCGGAAGUGAGUGACCCGGAGGUGACUAGCAAAAUCAAGGCGAUGAAACGGGACUCGCUAGCGGACGUCACAACCUUAGACAUAAAGUCACGUCUCAGUUUGGAGACAACGGAGGCUUGCUGCGAGCCGCACGUCAACGGGGUGGCUCAAAUGAACGGUAUCUGCGAUUCUCCUCAAAGAACUGCCGCCGUCAUCGAUCUCUCCUCGCAAUCUAAAACAAUGGAAACUAGUCAUUUAAACCAACAUGAACAAGCAGGAACGUUAUCCACGGAAAGUAAAGACAACGAUAUCCAAUAUGUUAGCUAUACAAGUGAAUUACAAAUGCCUGAUAUUAUGAAAUUAAUACAGAAGGACCUAAGUGAACCGUAUUCUAUUUACACAUAUAGAUAUUUUAUUCAUAACUGGCCGAAAUUGUGCUUCCUGGCGAUGCAUGGUGAGGAAUGUGUAGGUGCCAUCGUUUGCAAGCUAGACAUCCACAGGAAGGUGAUAAAGCGCGGGUAUAUCGCGAUGCUGGCUGUCGAUGUAAAAUAUCGGAAACGGAAGAUCGGAUCAAAUUUGGUGAGACAGGCUAUUCAAGCGAUGGUCGAGGACGAUGCCGAUGAGGUGGUGCUGGAGACGGAAAUCACUAACAGGCCCGCGCUGCGCCUGUACGAGAAUCUUGGAUUUGUGCGGGAUAAACGAUUAUUUCGAUAUUACUUAAAUGGUGUGGAUGCAUUGCGACUGAAAUUAUGGCUCAGGUGAAAUUCAUCCGCGUGCUUAUGUCAAUAGGUAUUUAAAUAAUUGCAAUGUUGAAGAGAUGUAACAUCUAUGCUCUACUAUAUCAGGCAAACGGACGACAUUAAUGUCAAAGAGAGUAUGUGUUUCUACGCGCACGAAAGUGUUUUCGGGGUUGCAAUAUUAUGCAAUUUAUCCUCUGUACUUUCUCAAGAAAAUUUAUUUAAUUGGAUCAUUUGUGGCAUGAUAGAUAAACUUUAUGUUGCAACUAGAUUCUUUCUGUUUGUCUUGGAAAUUUAUUUUUAACAAAUCUAUUUUCCAUACUGUAUGAGAUAAAUGCAAUAAAAUAUCUCUAACAGCCUAUUGAUAGUUCCGCUCUUUAAGGGCGGAAUGUGUAUGUGCAGAGUAAUUUGUUAAUAGUGCCUAACUGUUGCCUGACUAGUUAGUUAUUUUGUUAUAAAUUUGCUGCAAUUCCUUUGAUAUUAAUGUCAACGAUCGAGAUAGAGGUUUCAAUUGCAGCUUGAAAAUAUAAAAGUAAUGAGUGAUAGCAAGAGACAAAAUCGAGACUGUGAAAAGUAUUGAAAAUAAUCAAUGUAUCGUGCUGGAGCUCACAUUGAUAAAGUGCACAUUUUGAAGCAUACACGUUUCCAUCUGAUCUGAAAAAAGUUCAUAAGUUAUGAGUUAUUUGCAUUGGAAAUUUUUUGUCAGAUUAAACAUAUGCAAGGGAUAUAUAUUUUGUCACAAAUAGUGUGAUUAUCUAUAUAAAUUUAAUAUUAUACAUAUAAGAGUAUACACUGUUAAAUAUUAAAGGAUUACAAAUUUAAACCUAUUUUUUGAGUUAAAUAACAUUUUGUUAUUUUUACGUGUAUCAAAAUUUAUCAUUUUAGCUACAAAAUAUGUAGCUAAAAGAACAACCUUACCUAACUAAUUCAUUUCUGUAGUCAAAUUGCUUAAUUUUAAAAAGUAGUGUUUGUAUUAACAUAAGCAUCUAAUACAUAAUAAAUUUGAAUUCAAAUUUGAUAUUUUUGCAGUUAACUUGUUUAACUUUAUUAUUUUAGUAAAUUGACGAGAUAUUAAAUAGGAGCAACAGCGACCUAUAAGAUUAAAAAUAAUCCAAAUUGGAUAGAAUUUGACACUACAAAUUUAACAGUGUAUAUUUUAAUUAUAUCCUGAACUACAAAAUUUGUAGGAUUUCCUUGUGAAAAACAGUCAAAAAAUUUUAUAAACACAUGACUUAUUCGACUUUGUUAUAAGUUUCGUGGUUUUUUUAGGAAACAAAAUUCAAACUAGUUUUAUUUGGUUUAUUAUAAAUUAUGAUGGAUCCGAUUUAUAAAUAUUAAGAUAUACAGUAUCUGAUGAAGAGAAGGAAGUGAUGUGAUUUGUAGAAUUGUAAAGUGACAUUUAAGAUAUAAUCAAUAAAAGGCCGUGAGAUAUUUAUUAUAAAUUUUUUAUUGUUUUUUUAGUGUUUCUAAGGGAUCCACUUAGUUUAUUUUAAUUUCAAUGUCUCUCAAUGCAGACCGAUUAUAAAAUUGUGUUAAUAACGUUAUGUAAAAGUUAUUCAUCAUGCAUUUCAUGACAGAUUACUGCCGUAUAAUAUUGCGUCAAGUGUACAAUUUUGUCAAUGUGAACGGCAGUUGAUAGAAAUAAAAAAAAGUAAAAGGUAAGAAAGAAAAGAGAAAAAGAAACAAAGGCCGAUAGACGGCGGCGAAACAUUAGGAAAAGUAUUUCCGUUUGAAAUUGUAAAGUGAUACACGGAAAUAUCGAUAUUUAUAUAUAUAUAAAUAUAUAUAUAUUACAUUAAACGGAUAUGGACAAAGAAAAAAAAAGGAAAAAGAAAUUAUCGUUUGCGAAAUUAAAAUGUUGCGCGAGGAAGUGCGCCUCACGCGGUUGACGCGGGAGGGGAUAAUACGCGCAUUACUGUCUACCUAUUAUAUCUAUCUUUGUAUAAAAUAAAUGCGAAGCACAGAUCAUAAUGUAACUAUUAAAAAAAAAUGUAAAAAAUGUUAAUAAAAAUACAUAAAUGUUUUUA